UUUUUUUUUUUUUAAUUUUUAUUAUUAUUAUUGUUAUUCUUUUAAUCGAUGCCACCUAAAUCAACAAAACAAAGAUCAAUAAAAGAUCAUUUUAGUGCUAUACCCAAGAAAGAAAAUCAAAUAGAAGAAGAAAAAGAAAUUAAAAUUCAUCCUUUAUUUUUAUCGAUCAAACAGAGAAAAGAACAACAAAAAUCCACUUCUGCUAUAUUAAAAGAUGAAACAAAUAACUCACUCAAGGUACUUACAACAACAACAACAACGAUGCCUAUAGCAAAUACAUCUUUAAUAAAGAAGCCAAAUUUAAUUGUGAGAAAGGAACCGAUGAGUCCAAUAAUAAAAGAAACAGUAGAAAGAAGGAUGAAAAGAAAGAUAAAUAAACAGCGUAAUCCCUUUGAGUCGAUCAUCAAAGCUGAUGUGCAUCAUUUCUAUUCAACACAAAAAGAAAAACGAAAUAAAACAAUAGAAAGUAGUCCAAGUCAUAAAAUGAAGCAAGCAUUGUAUUUAGAUUUACACACAAUAGAGGAGAGAAUGAAUGUUACAUAUCAAAAUGAUUGGAAAAAGGAGCCUUGUUGUCGAUGGCUAUUUGAUAAUCUAACACGUUUAAGAAAUAGGGACGAUAAAAGGAUACUAUGGAGUGAUAAAUAUCGACCUGACUCUGUAGAGGGAUUAAUAGGAUUUCUGCCUGAUUUUGAAUAUUUAAGGGAUUGGCUAAAUCGACUCAAGAUUAAACCUCCAUUGUUAACGAAUUCAAAGAAAUAUAAACAGAAAGGGAAAAAAUGGAUGGAUAUAGAUGAUGAACGAUUAUGUAAUCUUAUGCUUCUAGUAGGUGGAAAUGGUGUAGGAAAGACAGCGACUGUUUAUACUGCAGCAAAGGAAACAGGUUAUUCUGUAUUUGAAAUGAAUCCUAGUUCACGACGUACAGGAAAAGAUGUGUUUGAUAAUGUAGGGGAAAUGAUAGCAAGUCAUUUAGUUCAAUUUGACGGACAAAGGAAAAGAAAGACAGUAGAAGGAGAACGAAUUAUAAUACGAGAUACAGUUAUCAAAAAGAAACCAAAGACGAUUGACAUUGCACAGCAUUUUAAAAGGCUAUUAAAUGUUUCACAACAGCCUAAAGAAGAAGAGAGUCAAAAGAUAACAGAAGAAGAAGAAGAGAAUCAAAUGAUAACAGAAGAAGGAGAAGAGAGUCGAAUAAUAAUAGAAAAUAAUAAAAAGGAAACAAUAAAGCCUACCAUUCAAGAUUUUUUCAAAAAAAUGGAAGAUAGAAAUAGAGAAAAAGAAGAGAUAGAAGAACCAAAGCAAAGUUUAGUUUUAUUAGAAGAAGUUGAUAUUUUAUUUGAAGAAGAUAAGGGAUUUUGGACAUCAGUCAUUGAAUUAAGUCAAAAGAGUAAAAGACCUAUUAUAAUGACAUGUAAUGAUAAAUCCCAGAUACCAUUAGAACAAUUAUACCUUCAAUCUGUCAUUUAUUUUGAAAGACCAGAAAGGACAAGUCUUGUACCUUAUCUUCAAUUGAUUUGUUAUACAGAAAACUACAUCAUAGAUCAAGAAGAUAUUCUAUAUUUAUGUGAAUUAUUAGACUAUAACAUCAGACAAAUUAUUGAUACCUUACAGUUUUGGUUAAAUGAUGAAAAGAUGAAGAUAGAUAAAAGAAAUGAGCAUGUCGUCUUUAAAUAUCUCUUUGCACAUAUUAUGGGAUUUGCCGACUUGAUAAAGAAGAAGGAUAAAGAUCAAGAUGUAUUAGUAGAAUUAAUGGAUCGAUUAAAAGGAUUAAAUUCAAAGACAAUAGGUUUAUGUAAACUUUAUUAUUUCACUGUAAUGAAUUAUAAUAGCACAAAUGAUGAUGAUAUUGAGAAAAUAAGUGACAUUAUGAAUACAGAAUCUUUUAUUGAUGCCUAUAUUGGAUUAACAGAUAAGCAAAGACAUCAAAUUUAUGAUAUAGAUCAAUAUGACACUAAAGAUUUAUGUUAUCAUAAUAUGACAAUUUUAUUAAAAAAAGCAAAUGAUCUAGACCAUUGGGAAUUAGGAGAAUUAAUUGGAAAUUCAAUUUCAAUUAUAAAUCUAUCACAAGAAAAGUGGCGUAACCAUUAUUUGUCAACAUGGUCAAAUCAAUGGAAAGGGAGAGAAGAAGAAGAUUUAUAUGAUGAAAGUCAAACUUAUCUGAAGAAUUGUCUUGAAAUUAUCUAUCCUUCUAUACUAAAUAAUCCCAGUCAAUAUCUGUAUAAAAAUGUAAUCAUGAUCGAAUACAUGCCAGAGAUUAGAAAUAUGUGUAUUUAUGACAAAGGAAUUGCUGGUAAAGGGAAAAAAGAAAGAACAAGAAAGAGAAUAAGAUAUUUUAACCAAUUAGAUGAUGAAUCAAGAAAUUAUUUAAUUCAGUAACAAAUACAAUAAAUGCAUAUCAAUGUAUUUGAAAAAA